AUGGGUAGUGGUACGUUUCCUGUCAUAUCGCUGAAACCAAGUUACAAUUCUGUCAUUAGAGGUUGUCCUGGUAUUCCUGAUACUUUACCAAGAAUGGAAUGUCAAUUGCAGGUGAAAUCGAACAAUGGUAAACCGAUCAAUGUCUCUAAAAUAGAAAUUGUGUUGAAAACGGUAGAGAACAUCCAUAACUAUAGUAUCCCCAUGAAUGGGAGUACUGGACACGGCUCUUUAAUUGAUGCUUCCAGUGCUAAAUUGAUGAUUUCGAAGAAGGCAAAGAACAAAUUCGAGCACGUCUCGACACAUUACAAGAAAAACAUAAUGCUCAAUAACAAGAAUAAGGAAUUGCUAGGUCUGGAUAUCCCUCUGACUAUAGCUCUUCCCAAUAAUAUCAAAGAGACUAAUUAUAACAGAAGUUUCGGUAGUACGGUGACCGUAUUUGAAUGUAGUGUGCAUUAUGACGAUAACAAUCACAUUAAGUCGUUUAAUCAGAUUGUUAAUGUUGAGAAAUUCAAUUAUCUGUUGCUACUGGUCAAGGAUUCAAUCAAGCCCAUAGAAAAGACAACUUUUUCUAUGGAUAAGAAGUUCAAGAUUAGUUACAAGAUAAAAAAUCCUGUACUCUCCACACAUGAUACAUUGCACCUUUCAUUACAGUGUAAGUUGAAUGAUCCUUACACUGCUCAUGACACAACUCUUUUCAAAAAUAAGAAAAAAUUGAGGUUAAAGAAAGUUAUAAUUGAUUUGAGAGAAAUUGUACAAGUUCAUGAUCUUUCUAACACAGAGGACCCAAUUGAUUACAUUGUUGGAAGUAAAGAAAACAUACUGCAAAGUUAUGUAAGGGAAGUCAAUGAGAUGGUUUCAUUAAACGAAAUCAGCAUGGAUUUUGCCUUGAAAAUACUGACAAAAGAUCCCAAUUAUGACAACUUCACUAGAAGUAAUCGUGACAUCUCAACAAAUUCGAACAGCCGACGCAGUUCAAGCAAUAAAAUUGAGACGACUCUCCUAACGAACAAGAACAACAAUAUACCGAUUGAGUAUCAUACUUCUACGACCACCGCAGGUAGGCUGUUUUCCAUUCUACAUGGUAUUACAAUAAAAUUCAAAUUUAGUGGUUCAAAUAAAAAUUUUGAAAUUACAGAUAAUAAUGUAACAAUUUUAAACUAUUCUAAAUCGAACUUGAGACAGAUAAGAAAUUUCAUUGUAGAAGAGAAGAAGACAGCUGCAUUUGCUCAAAAAUUCUACAAUAAUUUUGGUGGAAUCAGAGUGAAACAGAAAUCUGCAAGCUCAACGAACAAUACAAUAUUAGAAUAUCCAGCUUUACCGCCUGUGAUUCAUUAUAAUGACAAGGAGACGCUUGAGAAAUUCCAUAUUGAAUAUAAUUCUUCAUAUAAGCCCCCACAGCGUAUUCCAAUUAUCGAAUGA